GGGACUAGCGUCCUUGUGGAGGGCUAGCACACAGAUAAGGAUAUCAAUUUCGAGGAUCGCUACUUGACCGACAAAAGAACUGCCCGACAUGUUCCUGCUAAUAUCGAAAGGGCUUGCGCAAAGCGGUCCUUGAGCACGAUCCACCGCUAUCUCUAUACCAAGUCCAGACGCAGUCGUAUCUUCGCCAUGCUGCGCUGAGCGCCGUUCUCUGCCAACCACCAUACCUUAGAAGGCGGCAAGAUGGUGGCUGGACCGCUUGAACGAUCUGGUCAAAGAGCUAUAUAGACAAGACGGGCUCCACGCUACAUUUCGUCGGCCAGCCGACUGCUUUCCACAUUUGCUCUGUGCAAUCCCACUAUUCAAUUUUCAUUAGCUCACUGGACUGCACGCACCAUAGCAGCGAUGGGCCUUUUCCCCAAACUCGAGGUCGAAAGACCGGACGUCGAUCCCGAGCAUUCCUCGUUAGUCAACAAGGACUUGCUUCCAGUCCCAAGAGAGAAUCGCACUUGGACCAAAUGGACUUAUUCUCUGUUCUGGUUUGGUGAAUGCUUCAGCGUCACUUCUUGGACUGUCGCCUCCACAGGUGUCACCGCUGGUCUAGCAUGGUGGGAAGCAUGGAUCUGUGUUAUCCUGGGUCACUUUAUCGCAGCUGUACCCACGGUCAUGACGGGCCGUGGUGGUGCCGUCUACCAUGUUCCCUUCCCUGUCCUCGCUCGAUCCAGCUUCGGUGUCAUUGGUGCCUACUGGCCAAUUUUCAACCGUGAAGCCAUGACCAUCGUCUGGACUGGUGUGCAAAUGGUCCAAACUGGCAAUUGUUUCUACACCAUGAUUCUAGCGUGGACCGAAGGCAUCUCCAAAGUGCACGAUCCAUUUAGCAAAGAAGUCAGCAUGACUGGCGGCCGAUCGAUUGGGUUUUCGAUUGCCUGGUUAAUCUGUCUGGGUUGCACUUUCAUCCCCGUCCACAAAUUCCGCAAGGUCAUCUACUUCAAAUCGGUCAUCAUAUCUAUUUGCCUGCUCGCCUUUUUUGGCUGGUCCAUCCACCGUGCUGGUGGUGUUGGAAAGAUCGUCCACCAAGGCGCCAAAAUCCCCAAGGGCAAGUCUCAUGGUUGGGUCUUCAUUCAACAACUCUUCAUCCAAGCAUCCAACGUUGUAACAUUCGCUGCCAACAACGCCGAUUUGAGUCGAUACUCUCGUCGACCAAAUGAUGCCCUUUGGACUCAGUUGAUCGGUUUCACGUGCUCCUACGGAAUGAUCGCCUUCUUCGGCAUUCUCAUCACUAGUUCUUCUGGCAUCACCCUCUCUACAGGCAAGCCCAAUUGGGAUCCUCUGGGCAUCCUCGCCAGCUAUCUCACCGAAGACUACUCUUCUGCCAACCGUGCCGGUGUCUUUUUCAUUUCCGCCGGUUUCGCAUUUGCCCAGGUUGUUACCAUCAUCCUGGCCAACCUCAUCCAGUCCGGCAAUGAUGCCGCCGCACUCGUCCCCAGAUAUAUCUCGGUCCGUCGCGGUAUGAUCAUUGCCUUGGUCCUGGGCUUCGCCAUCACCCCAUGGAAUCUGACCAAGACGUCCUUCUCCUUUACCACAUAUCUCUCAGCCUACGCCAUCUUCCUUUCCUCGAUUGUCGGAGUCCUGAUCGGCGAUUACUUCCUGGUUCGCAAGGGUUAUCUUGAUCUGCGUUCGCUAUUCACCACCGAUAAGAAUGGCCUCUACUACUACAACUUCGGCUUCAAUUGGCGCGGCUAUGCAGCCUACAUCAUUGGCAUGAUUCCUGCUUUCCCAGGCUUUUUGGCCGUUUGUGGAGUCAAGGGCGUGUCUGUGGCACUUGUACUAUUUCUCCUUCCCCAUCGGACAUACUGGGGGCUCUCGAUGCUCUCACCUCCACCGGGUGGCCUUGCCACAUCGUGGAAGGAAGUUGAGCCUCAGGGGACAGGUAUCAAUGGUGACGAGGGGACAGACUACAUCGACGGAGUCACACCUUAUGCUAGCAAGGUAGAGGGAGAUAUCUAUGCCAAAUCGGCCGGCGCUGAGGAGAAGCAGCUGUGA